AUGGCCAACAUCGUCCAGUUUCCUAUCGAUGACACUUCCCCCACUAUAUCAUACGAACCUUUAGGCGACACACUGUCCUUACCAGAUCUCAAUGCGGGCUGGAACCCUUUCUUCACGGACUCGGGAUUCGCAACUGUUCAGGGUGCCGUAGGAAAUGGCACGAGUUUGCACGUCACAGCGCGCGACGGCGCUAAGGUCUCGGUCACUUGGAGAGGGACGAACGUACAGCUACUGGGAAACGUCACCAAUGCCGACUACACCAUAGACCUCGACAAUGAGAGACUGACCUCGAUUGGCUCGGACCUUUCUCAAAACAUACUGGCAACCAUUCAGGGCCUGGAGAACACCCUGCACACGGUCUCUCUCACCGCUCGAAUACCCCAGAACCAAAAUCCACCCAGGUCGGAAGUCCGCUUUGAACACGCGGUCGUGGCUGCAAGACCUCCAAACCUGAACUCCACAACGUAUGACAUUCCCUCUGAUCAUCUGUCGUUCUUUGUUUGA